CUCACGUACACAAGGAGUGUGGGUGGAGACAACGAGGAGCAAAGACAGAGUGACGAGAGCGCGUCACGUCGGAAUCCACGGUGGAUUCUCAUGAGUAUUGGCCUGGAACGCCAGCCGUCGACGGCGGUGGUGGCGUCGUCGUCGACCGCCACGCUCUCGCUCUCCGAGUCGGAGCACUCGUCGCACGCAUGCCUCCCUGGACUCGACAACACCGUACUCCGGCUUGGCGAGUCAUCGUCAUCGUCGCUCUCGAUCGAUGGCGGGUACAAGAGCAAGGGCAUGCCGCCGCAGUACUCGACGGUCUCCGGAUCGCAUGGACUCGGUGUCAAGCCUACCCAGCUCGCUGUCCGCAGCGCCGACGGGACCGAGUCGGUGGUGAGCGCGCUCUCACACGCCUCGUCAGGCGGCAUCGGCUUUGCGCCGACCCGUUCUGUUGUCGCGGUUGUCCCGCUGGACAACGUGUCGGAGACGCUUGACUCGGACGCCAUUGCCGCCGUCCAGGAUGGGGGCUCGCCACUCUGCAACACCGCAGCACUGAUCCGAUCCUCGACCACCGAGCGCGAGCUCGAAGCCGUCCGUCUCCGUGAAGAGCAACUGAUGCUCGCCAAGACAAGGUCCGACGUCUACAUCAUCCUCGCUAUUUUUAUUUCCGGCUUUUGCUGCAUCCUCCCUUGGCUCCUCGGCUAUCUCUUCCUUCGCUCGCCCAACAGCAGAGUCCGCUUCCUCGCCCGUCUCUCGCUCAUUCUCUUUGCCUUUGCUCUCAUUGUCUGCGCCAUCAUCAUUGCAGCAAUAUGAGUUUGCUGAAGCCCCCCCCCCCUUUGUGCCGAACCUAUUCACCAAAACACAACGCUCAUCCA